AAAUUAUGCCGCUAAAAUACGAGAUUCAUAAGGACUUGGACUUGAAAUAUUUUUACGGGAGGAUCUACUUUCAGUUUCAGAAAACAAUAUAAAAGUUUUUCUGUGGCUGUUACUUAGAAUUUUACUUUUAAGUUAUGUUAAACGUUAGUUUAUCGAAAGUCAAUCUUCAAACUUACAUCAUCCAUCAUCAAAUUUACCUUCUUUUACUAUAAAAAAUGACUUUUAAGCCAAAGUUUUUAAAACCUGGGGAUCUCAGUUUUGAUGUUUUUGAAGAAAGGAAAGAUCCAUAUGAGUCAGACCAACCUGUAGCAUAUAAUCCCGAUUCUUUAUUAUCUUAUGAACAACAACGUCAGAAGCUUCCUAUAUUUAAAUAUCGAAAUCAUAUCUUGUAUCUUUUGGAACAUUACCAAACAGUUAUUGUAUUAGGAGAAACGGGAUGUGGAAAGAGUACACAAAUUCCUCAGUAUCUGUUAGAAACUGGGUGGGCAGAACAGAAUGCUGUCAUAGGAGUAACACAGCCAAGGAGAGUGGCAGCAACCAUGUUGGCUUCUCGUGUUGCAGAAGAAAAAGGAACCUUAUUAGGAAGACUUGUUGGCUACAGUAUACGAUUUGAAGACUGUUUUAAUCCUAAAGAAACUAAAAUCAAGUAUAUGACAGAAGGGAUGCUGAUUAAUGAAAUGAUGGCUGAUCCUCUUCUGCGAUCUUAUUCAGUUCUCAUGCUUGAUGAAAUUCAUGAAAGGUCUCUUACUGCCGACAUUCUUCUUGGGUUACUUAAGAAGGUCAUCAAGAAAAGACAAGACCUUAAGCUCAUAAUAUCUUCUGCUACUUUUGAGGCAGAAACUGUUUUUAAAUUUUUCAACAAGAAUGAAUCUCAAGACAAGACAAAAGAUACUGCUGUUAUAAUCAGCGUAGAAGGUAGAAACUAUCCUGUAGAUGUCCAUUACUCUAAAGAACCUGUCGCAGAUUACCUAAAAGCCUCCGUUGACACUGUGAGUAAAAUACAUUUAAAUGAGCCACCUGGCGAUGUUUUAGUAUUCCUGACAGGUCAAGAAGAGGUUGAUUUUGUUACAUCAAAACUUAUUGAUUUUGCUAGAGACUUAAAAACCAAAAAAGAUGUGAUGAAAUUGUUUGUAGUCCCACUUUAUGGAGCACUUCCCAUGUCGGAACAGCUAAGAGCUUUGAAACCUGCUUCUAGAAGUGUAAGAAAAAUUGUUGUUUCUACCAACAUUGCUGAAGCUUCUCUUACUAUUAAUGGUAUUGCAUACAUUGUAGAUUGUUGCUUUGUCAAAUUGCGAUGCUUCAAUCCGCAUUCUUGUACUGAUUCCUUGGUGGUAGUUCCAGUGUCCAGGGCUUCUGCUGAGCAAAGAGCAGGUAGAGCUGGGAGACUGAGAUCAGGAAAAGCAUUCAGGCUGUGCACUGAAGAUGACUUUUUGAAACUCCCUGCAUUCACUGUUCCAGAAAUGCAAAGAAGUAAUUUAGCAUCCGUUAUUUUGCAACUAAAGGCUCUAGGGAUUGAAAAUAUAUUACGUUUCUCAUUCCCGUCUGCUCCUCCUUCAAAACAUGUCAUCACUGCCAUUGAGCUUUUGUAUGCUUUAGGAGCUUUUCUUCCACCAGCAUUAGAUGAAGAGGGAGGUUUAACAUCUCCAUUAGGUACCCAGAUGGCUGAGUUUCCUUUACAUCCAAUGUUUUCAAAAAUGAUUUUAAUUUCAGGUGAAUUUGGAUGCACUGAAGAAAUAUUAACAAUCACUGCAAUGCUCCAAGUACAAAAUGUCUUUGUAGCAUCACACGGAAGAAAACUAGAAGCAAAACGAAGUAAAUGGAAAUUUGCAGUUGAGGAAGGCGACUUAUUUACCCUACUUAAUAUUUAUAAUGCAUUUUUAAAGAAUAAUAAUAAGCACUGGUGUGGUCAAAAUUCAUUGAACUACAAGGGCUUAUUGAGAGCUAUGGAAAUCCGUAUGCAACUUUCUAAGCUACUUAAGAAAUUCAAAGUUCCUAAUGUUCCACAAAAAGGAGAUGAAGAUUCAUUGCGAAAAUGCAUUGUAAGUGCUUUCUUUGCAAAUGCAGCCUUCCUCCACUACACUGGCGUCUACAAAACUGUUAGAGGAGAGCAUGAACUCCAUAUACAUCCUGAUUCAGUGUUACUUCUGACAAAGCAACCAAAAUGGGUAGUGUUUAUUGAGGUUCUUCAUACAACAAAAGAAUAUAUGAGAGAUGUAACUGUUAUAGAACCGUCCUGGCUUUACGAGCUUGCACCCCACUAUUAUCAGUAUGGAACUGAUCGGGAAAUUGCAUCAAAAAGAUUAUCUAAAGAUAAGUAAAAUGCUGAAGGAAAACAACCACA